UAGUGCUUCAUUGAAGAGCUCUUAGUGGACAUUCCCUGACAAUUUUUAUUGAUCUUGUGGGAACUAUUUUGUUUUGGGAAAUGAUCAUCUUAAUCCUAUUAUCAUGUUUUACCAUAAUGGGAUCUGCAGUACCAACACCUCCAAACGUCUUUCCCCACCUGAUUUCACACGGAGGAACCACUCAAGCUCAAAGAUUUGUUGAAGCCACAAACCAGCUACCUGACGCUCAGACUCCGGCCCCGCUUUCCCCUUAUGUGGAGCAAUCGCAUGCUGGGGUCCCCCAGCAGCCAGGUCCCCAGGGCGGCCCCCAGUUUUGGCCUCCCACUCAACACUACACCUGGCCUCCACUUGGGGGAAGUCCAAUGAUCGUCCCGGUGCAGCCAAAUGUCUUCGGAUCUCAGCCUGCUAACCAGCCGACACUCCCACAGCAACCUCUGAUUUUUCCACCUUAUACAUACUUCCCUUUUUUCUCAUCUCCCUACAGGAAUCAACUGUAUUCCCCGUAUGGAUUCCCGAUGAUUCUUGAUUCACCUCCUCCACAAACUCCAGCAAAUCAACCUCCGAACAGUCCGACAUUGCCUGCAGAAACACCCCCUGGAGCUGCUCCCUCAGGAGAUGCUCUUCAGCUAGUGCAGCAACAACAACAACAACAGAAUCCCCAAAUUGUUCUCUUGCUGCAGCAACCCAAGAGCUCUCUACUUGGCAGUCUUAGCUCAGAGGAACUCCAGAUGGCAGCUGAACUGGGCCAGCUGAGUGUGUACCUGAGCACCAUGCUCACAAACUCGCAUGCAGGAGCCGUUCAGUCUGUGAGCCAGGCCGCUGGGCUCGUAAACCAAGAGCAGCAAGGCGUCGUGCCAACUGUGGGGACUUCCUCAAUCCCACAGACACCGGGGCCGGCCAGCUCUGGACCACAGCCCAACGCUAACAGGGACCCUGCAGGUUUGGAGAGACCAGUGCAGGAGGCAGCCACGGUCCAAACACCUGUUCAACCCACACAACCAAACCUUGUCUGAGACUGCAUCCACUGGAAGAGAUGACUCAUAACAUACUGAGAUUUUUUCUUUUUCUUUUUAAUAAUUAUAAUAAUAAACCUAAAUUGUUUCAACCUUUUCAAAUAAUGUGCUUGUUUUCAUUUCAUUUUUCAUUUUCAUAGUUUAAAAUCUUAAACCUGCAUUAACUUAUAUUUUAGGUCACUUGUCAGCGCUAAAAACAAGCUGUGAACACAACAUUGACAUUAUCAGCCCUUAAGUUGAUAUGGUGAACAUGUUACAAACCCAGCAGACACAGAGUGACAAUAACAUUCAUGUAGACUCAUGUUUGUGUCCACCUCAUCAAUAAAAUCUCAAUAAUCACUCUC